AUGGACAGAAGUAAGACAGAACUGGCAUUUUUAAUCUAUAAUCUUGAGUUCGUAAAAUUGAAAAAUAAUCACAAAUCAUAUGUUAUAAAUGAAUUAAAUAGGAAAAUUAAUAAAUAUGCGUCUUUAAUAAUAGAUAGCACCUAUAAACAUGUUAAUAAUUUUUCUUAUUCAACAAAUAUAUUUCAUUAUUUUUAUAAAAUAGCGGAAUAUUAUAUUUUAAAAUACUUCAAUAGCAUUAUUGUUGAUUCUAUUUUUUAUUUCAAAUGUAUAAAUGACCUAAAGAACAAAUCUCUUUGUGAUACACAAAAUGAUGAACCUAAACUUUAUAAAUGUAUAUAUAAAGAACAAAAUGAAAAGGGGCUGGAAAAUUGGAAUAAUACUAACUCAAAUGAUUAUACUUUUGAUUAUCAAGUAUUAACAAGUUAUAUUCAAAAUUUAAAAAAAUUAUAUGAAAAAGAUAAUUGUGUUGCUUCGAAUAUAGGUGGCAAAAACAUAACGAAAACAAAAGACAGCAAGAAAAAAACUCAACAAAAAAAUGAUGAUAAUAAUUCUACUAAACCGGAAGUAUGCAAUGAGAAAAAUGAAGAUAAACAAAACAAUGAAAAUGAAAUAAAGAAUGAUAGUGAAAGUUUUAAAUUUGGAAAAACAUUUCUAUAUGAUAUAUGUGAAAUUAAUGAUAGCCUUUAUAACAAAAAAAGCAGAAUGAUAUGUAUAACAAAAAUAUUUCGUAAAAUUAUUAAUAAAAAACAAAUGAGAAAAUAUAUAUGUGAAAAUGAUAAAAUGGCAAAAAAAAUGUAUUUAAAAUUUUUUAUAAAUUUAUCAUUAGGUAUCUUUAUAUACCUAUAUAUGUAUAGAUAUAUUAAAAAGAAAUAUAAGAAUAUUGAUUUUUUUAUAUUUUUAAAUAACCUAAAAAACAUUAAGCAAAUAUAUUCUAACAACACUUCUUAUUUUGAAAAACAACAAGUUAUUAGCUUCAUUAAAUAUAUCAAAUUUAUGAAUAUUCAAAUGUUUCAAUAUGCAUAUAUAUCAUUCUUUGUAAAUACAUACAAGUAUAUUAACUUAAUUCAUAAUACAACUCUCGUAACACUUUAUUAUUAUUUUAAAAAAAUAAAUAAAAAGCAUAAAGGGAAAAUCAAGCUAGUAAAAAAAAAAGACGAUAAUUUUUCUGGACACCAAAAUAAUGACCCUUAUGAAUAUUUUAUAAUAGAAUAUGAUGACAAACAGAAAUGUAACGAAAGCUCUUGUCACUAUAAUAAAAAUAUAUGUGACAAAGGGGAUGUAUAUAAUCAACAAAUUUCUAACAGCAUUGACCAAAUAGAAAAGGAAAAACCGAUUAAGAAUGAAAAUGUCGAAAAAAAUGUGACAAGAAACUUGGAAUGUACUCAUAACAAUGAUGCAAAUAUUAACAAUAACCUGAUUAGUGAUAUAAAUAACAAAAGAGAGAAUGAAAUUGACUUAGAUGCUUCUUAUGAUUAUAAUAAUGACAAACAAUGCAGUCACGGAUUUAAUUGUGUAGAGCAAAAAAAGGAAAGUAUCCUUUCUAUGAAAAAUAAAAUAAAUGGAAUUAGUGAAAUCAUAUUUGAUAGCUAUAUAUAUGUCUUUGUAUUUUACAAAUAUAUAAGAAAUAUAAAGAGAAGCGUGAAAUCUAACAUUAUAAAAAUACAAAGUAAUAUUAAAAAAAUGAUUCAUUUAUUUAUUAGUAUAUAUAAAACGAAUAAUGGAGAAAAUAUCAGGAUGAAGCAAAAGACAUCAUUAAACAUGAAUACAGAAGAUACAAAAAAUAUUAGCAAUCAUAUUUUAGGUGAUCAAGAAUGUAACAGUAAUUAUAUAAAUGAUUCAACACAAUCCUUAGUAUAUUUUAAAUACAUAGAAUUGUGCAAAUAUUACAAAAAUUGCAUAAAAAUAAAUUAUGAAAUUAUAAAAUCAGUACACACAUUUCACAUAUUGCUAACACAUUUUUUUAAAUAUUUUCCUGUCUUAAAUUUUAAAAAAGGGAAUUGCACUAUAUAUAAUUAUUAUGAUAAAUCGUACAUAUAUAAAGAACAAGCAACAAAUGAAAAUAUUGACACGAAAGAAUCAGAUAAUCCAAAUAAACAACAAUUUUUUGAUAUAUUUAAAAAUGUUAAGGAUUAUGAAAUAGAUUUCUUAUAUUUCAAUGAAUAUCAAAAAAAAAAAGGUGACACCGAUGAAACACUACAAGGCAUAGAAGAACACAACCAAUUUGAAUCCUUUAAUGAAGUGUUUCACAUUGAUGAUAAUGCUAAUUUAUCACAAAACAAUUUUAGAAAAGAAAAUAUAAAUGAUCAUGAAACCACAGAUAAUAGUUAUAGUAAUGAUUUUGUAGAAGGUUUAAAAGAUGUAUUUUUAUACUGCAUAAACAACAAUCUAGAUGAUAUUCUAAUCAGCGUAAAUAUGGAAGAAAUUUUCCAAAUAAAAAGAGAUGAAUCAGAAAAUGAAAAAAACAUUUCGAUCAUAAAUCAAAGUAAAGGUGAUGAACUUGCCAAAAAAUGUAGAAGUGAUAAUAAUAGCAGGAGUGAUAGUAUUUUAGAAACCUUAAAAAUCAAUAGAGAAUUACACAGUAAAACAUUAGAAAUUAUAGAAGGGUUUUCGAAAGGUGUAUCAUGUACUAUACAAAAUUAUGAAUAUGACUUAAACCGAUACAGUAAAAAGGUCUUAGAAAUAUAUGAUGAUACUAUUUUUGAUAUACACUAUAAAUUUUCUAAUCAAAAUACAAUUGAAAGUGAAGAAGAAAUAAAAAACAAAAAAUUAUUGGAAGUAAAAAUAUUUUUAGAUUAUGAAAAAUUAUAUAACAAAAAAACAGUGGAAACUCAAACACCUAUUUCAUUUUUUAGAAAUGAUAAAGCAAUACAAAUACCAAAAGAUGAAGAGUCAAUAACAAUAACAGAACAAUUUAUUCAAACACACAAAAGUAAUAAUCCUAUUUUUUAUUUAAGUGAUAUCUAUAAUUAA